GUUAACUGUAAAAUUGACCAGAGGGAAACCGAACAUAAACAAAAGAGAAUUUUGUGCUAAAAUUUUCUCAACCUACUAGUUUCUUACAGUUCUGAAUUUGUAGUAUUGAAAUUAUUACAAUAUGGGAAGUCUUUGGGUUGACAAACAUCGUCCAAAAAAUUUAUCGCAAUUAGAUUAUCAUAAAGAACAAGCAAUUCAUUUAAAAAAAUUAGUAAAUAGUGGUGAUUUUCCACACAUUUUACUAUAUGGACCACCUGGAGCUGGUAAGAAAACAAGAGUUAUGUGCCUGUUGCGGGAACUUUAUGGAGCUGGUGUAGAAAAAUUAAAAAUAGAACAUCAAGUAUUUGAAACUCCUUCCAGGCGGAAAGUUGAAGUCAUAACUAUUGCAAGUAACUACCACAUUGAAGUCAAUCCCAGUGAUGUUGGUAUCUAUGAUCGUGUUGUCAUCCAAGAACUUUUAAAAACAGUUGCCCAAACACAUCAACUUGACAGCCAUACACAAAAAGAGUUUAAAGUUGUUGUCUUAAUGGAAGUUGAUAAACUAACAAAAGAUGCUCAGCAUGCACUCAGAAGAACUAUGGAAAAGUAUAUGACAACAUGCCGCAUCGUCCUAUGUUGUAACUCAAGUAGUAAAGUUAUACCCGCUAUCAGAAGCAGAUGUCUUGGUAUAAGAGUUGGAGCUCCCACUAUAAAUGAGAUUUCAACCAUAUUACAAAAUAUUUGCCGAAAAGAGUGCCUCUCGUUACCCUCUGAACUUGCUCAAAGAAUUGCUGAGAAAAGUAACCGGAAUUUGAGAAGAGCUAUUUUAAUGUGUGAGGCUUGUAGAGUCCAACAGUAUCCAUUUUCGGGUGAUCAAGACAUUGUAGAACCUGAUUGGGAAAUUUUUCUUAGAGAUACAGCUAAUUUCAUUGUUCAAGAACAGAGUCCUAAAAGGUUAGCCGAAGUUCGUGCAAGGAUAUAUGAACUUAUCUCUCAUCUUAUUCCAACUGAUAUAAUUUUUAAGGGUCUUCUGAAAGAAUUAGUGAACAACUGUGAUGGACAAUUGAAAGGUGAAGUGACACAACAUGCAGCCUUUUAUGAACACCGAUUGCAACUUGGGAGUAAAGCUAUUUAUCACAUUGAAGCUUUUGUGGCCAAGUUUAUGGCUUUGUACAAAAAGUUUUUAGAAGACAAUAUGGCUGAUGUGUAUUAAAUUAGUCUAUUGAAAAACAAUAUUUAAGAAAUGGUUUAUUUCAAUUUAGAUAUGUGUAAUUUAAAUAUUAACUGUACAGGUUGAUAAAUGUAUGGAAUUUGAUAAAACAUUGCAUAUACAUUUUUUUUUUUACUAACAAUAAAUAAUUUUCACUUA